CCGCUGCAGCAAUAGCCAAAUCCAUUCUGUUAUUUGGAACAGUCGACUCCUUCUCUGCGCAUCUGUUCUUGCAUCGCAACCGACGCCUCUGUUAGCCCCCGCGAUGAUAUACUAUCUUCUUGUUUCGUUUCGCGAGGGGCUUCAUGAUUUGUUCGCUGGCGUUCUCCGUGCACGCAAUCCUCGCACCGUUUUCGAUGCAUACUUCGUCGUUAUCGACAGUGUCGUAAUUUUAGGUCGAUGGGUUCUGCGUUUGCUCACGCAGUGCUGUUUGUGCAUACGUAUCCUUCGGUCACUUCCCGGUGCGGUCACCGCGGCUAUCGAUGUUGUCAGUGCGCGAUCGCAUUGCUCGUUUCCUACGUUACAUGCCGUUGGCGGCAGCUGCCGACGGUCCAUGUUUGUUAUGAGCGAAGACCUGAAGACAUUUCCGGUAUUACUUGGGUCGUCAUCGUUGCUCGGCUUACAACCUGCCGUUGUGUAUCGUCGUCAACUUCUUCGAAAUGAUGUGACAUCUGCUUGGAACGAGUGCGUGUCAUCCGUUGCGGUCGAAGUGCCGUUUUCUUUUCUGGUUGAACGUCUUCCGUUCCGCGCUCUUAGCGAAUUGGCUCGGAGUCACAACAUCGUCGUCGAUUGGCGGCGACGAACGUUGGACGGUUUAUGUAACCUUUUUUCUGCUCACCAAUGUGGCCUGUCCUGCCCACUCACAAUGAGUGUGUUCGAUUUUCGAUCGGAUGGUCUUCAUGUCAUUGGCGUGGACUGUCGUGAUUCUUUCGUGACUGCUCAGCUUCUCCUACGCUUUCCGAUCCUUUCGCGUUGUCGUCCUGAACCCACUGUGCGCUACAGAUUUUCUGGUAUGGUUGACUGUCUGCGAGGUGUCCCGGAUGAAACACAUCCUGCGAUUGUGGUAGACAUCCCUAUUAGGUAUUUGGUGGAGCGAUUACCUUUCCACGCUCUAAACGACAUUGCACGCUGGCAUGGGCUUUCGCCUGACGGGGAAUCAUGGAUUGUGGACGAGUUGGUGAUGAAACUGUUAACUCAUCAUUGUUUCCUAUGUGCCCGUCGAUUUCCUUCGUUCAUUCCUAUAAGUGUGGAUUGUUCGAGCGUGAAUUCGCGUGCGCGCGCAGCGUACUCUCUGGCACCGUGUAUUCCGAUGCCUUCGCAAUCAUCCGUUUGCUUUCCACCUGAUCCGCUUAGUCGCAUUCAUAAACUUGAGAUUCUCCACAGUUGGAACGAUAGACUGGAAUUGCCAUCGGUUCACGAAAAGCCGUGUGCCGUAUGCGCGACGUAGGUCCGUACUUGCAAUGUGCUCACUAUCCGUCUGUCUUCCAUUGACCUUUCUCCUAUCACUCGAGAUGGAGAGGCUGUGACGAGGUUAGAACGUCAAGCGUGUUCAGCUUCUACGAUCCCACCAAUUCACCUUGCCGCCGAUGGAGCUGCCCGAGGCGGCAACGAUUCUUCUGCGAUCGCGGGUGUUUAAACCUCUCUUUCGAUGCCACUCGCACGCACUCACCGGACGACGUUGCCGUGUCAUGGCGUAUGGGCGACGCACAGUGUUGCGACGAAUGUACUGUGACGGUCCAACAACCCAUCGUCUUCGCCGGCACCCGUGAUAGGAUGGCGGUCUAUAUUACCUACGACUCCCU